UUUUGUUUCCCGUUUUUCAAUUCAUGGACCCAUUGGGUUGUCGUCAUUAGUAGACAGCUUGCAUUUGGUGCUCAUUCAUUCCAGGGACAAACAAGGUCUUCUGCCUUUUUUUUAUGGCACAAUAUUUACGGUGUCGUAUUCAGCAUAGAGAAAGUCAAUGAAUUACGGAUUCGUGGCACGGGUAUGAGCUAGCUAAUAACGUGUGCUCGUGAGAUUACCUGGUUUUAUGCAAACUUUGCUUCGGCUACACAUUUGAGAACAUAAUCUUUAUCUGUAUCUAAAUAUGGUGCCACAUGCAUCAACUCAUUCUUUAGUACUACUUUCUAUCCUUAAUGCAUUUUCUAGCGCUAUUGGCAUUCCUCUAGAUCCGUGCAAGAGUUGAAUCACAAAUUCUUAAUAUUUCAAACAUGUUUUGAUUACCAGAAAUGCAAGAUAGGUUUGUGGGUGAUAAUCACUUUUUGCAUAUUGAAUUUAAGUAUUUCUUAAGCAAUCACUAAAAUUAUGUGUCAAUCUCUAUUUAUUAGUAUGCGUGGGAUAUGGAUAUCCAAUUUAUCUCAGUGUCCUCUAUAUCUAGUUGUUCAUUCUUGUUUACCAUAUUGUUUUAUAAAUGAUGAGAAUAUCACUCUCAAUACUUUCAGCUUCAAAGUAAAUCGGCUUGAAGAACGCAUGAAAUCUUUCAAUAUUCUGAGUCCUGAAGAUAAGGGAAUGACAAAACAGAAUGUUAAUACAAAGUUAAAAAGAUGGAGAUGUGCUUACUAUUUUAUCUUCAUACCGGGUGCUCUUGCUCUUCUCCUUUCUGUUGCUGCUGUGUCCAAGUUCCUCUCCUUCAAAUCAUUUCUAGGUACUGAAUCUUUAUACUCAAAUCUGAAUCCUGAGGUCCCAAAUAGGAAUCAAAAUGAGGUGCUGAUGAAAACCGUUGAAAUGGUAAUUCAUAAAAUUGAAGAGGAACUGGACAAACUGAGGGAAACAAAACAGGAUCCAUCGUCAACCCCAUCUGUAUUCCAGCAAGGUUCAUUUCUUUCCGAUAUAUUAGGACUUCUUGAGUCAGCAGCGACGUCUCAUCAACACAGUGAAGGGAGUAAUCGGCAAACUGAUAAUUUCACCAUUCAUCCUCUGGUGAGAAAAAAGAAGCAAUCUGAUGAGCCUGCUGAUUACUUUCUGCGUGAAGAGAUUCGCAAGUAUGUCAGGAUAAAGCCUAACAGAUUAGGAAAACAAAACUUCAUGGGGACAAAUGCAAGCUUCACCAGCAUAGGACACGCAUGCUUUGCCAUGAAGGAAGAGCUAGAAGAAUACAUGGACUAUGAUGUUGGUGAGAUCUGCAAUGAUGACUGGAAGCUAGCUCAAAAGCUUAUGGUUCAUGGUUGUGAUCCUUUACCAAGGAGAAGGUGCUUUUCAAGAGCCCCUAAGCUAUACAACCAGCCAUUUCCCAUCAAUGAAUCCUUGUGGAAACUUCCUGAUGAUAGAAAUGUCAGAUGGAGCCAAUACCGGUGCAAGAACUUCUUGUGUCUUGCCAGCAACACCACUCGUAAGGGAUUCUUCAAGUGUGCAGACUGCUUCAAUCUCACCAACCAUGAGAUGCCAAGAUGGAUAAGCCUGGAGGCUGAUUCAAACCAGACAGCGGAUUUCCUUAUAUCUGAUGUUCUUGGAAUUAAGCCAAAAGAGAUCAGAAUAGGAUUGGACUUCAGUGUUGGAACUGGAACUUUUGCUGCUAGGAUGAGGGAAUUCAAUGUGACUAUAGUUUCAGCCACUAUCAAUUUUGGAGCACCCUUUAAUGAAAUGAUAGCUCUUAGAGGACUUGUUCCUCUCUACUUGACUAUAAACCAAAGGCUUCCAUUUUUUGACAACACCCUGGAUUUGAUUCACACAACAAGGUUUCUAGAUGGGUGGAUUGACCUUGUGCUCCUUGAGUUUAUAUUGUAUGAUUGGGAUAGAGUUCUGAGACCAGGGGGGUUGCUUUGGAUAGACAGCUUCUUCUGCUUGAAGGAAGAUUUGUAUGCUUACUUGCAGGCCUUCAAAAUGCUGAGAUAUAAGAAGCACAAAUGGGUAGUUGUUCCAAAGGUUGAUAAGGAUGAUCAAGAAAUGUUCUUCUCUGCUGUUUUAGAGAAGCCUCCUAGACAAUUCAGGUGAUCUUCCAUUAUAGUGUUGACUUCUUGCCUAUGUGGUUCCCAUCAUUCUUUAGCGUAUUUGAGACACAUUAAUUUUGAAUAUUGCACAGUUAUCUUGUGUAUUGUGAUCAUGAGUUUUUAGAAAUGACUGUUUAAUAUGAUAUAUGUCAAUAAGGGAGCUUCAUAGUUGAAUAUACUUCAAUGCCUAUUAGUUGAGGGUUGAGACUCUUGCUCCAUUUUACCCUAUUGGUUUUGUUUAUUCUGAAUCUUUGGUCUUCAACCAAGCAGAAGGAGGGCAUGUGAUUCAUGUAUCACAUUUAACUGACUUAUAAGAUUUUGUUGUUGUUGUUGAUGAUGA